ACCACACACCGAUUUAAUUAAAGUCAAGAUGGCGACCGAGGGCGAAUACGAGUCGAUCCUGUGUGUGAAACCUGACGUCAACGUUUACCGAAUCCCGCCGCGGGCAUCGAACCGGGGAGUCAGGGCUGCGGAUUGGAAGCUGGACGCCCCUGAUUGGACAGGCCGCAUGAGAGUGACGGCUCGGGGAAAAGUGGCUUUCAUCAAACUGGAGGACAAGAUCUCUGGGGAGCUGUUUGCACAGGCACCAGUGGARGAGUACCCUGGCAUCGCCAUAGAAACCGUCAGUGACUCCAGUCGUUACUUUGUGCUUCGGAUCCAGGAUGAGAGUGGUCGCAGUGCAUUCAUAGGCAUCGGGUUCGGGGACAGAGGAGACUCGUUUGACUUCAACGUGGCGCUGCAGGACCACUUUAAGUGGGUGAAACAGGAGCUUGAGAUCAGUAAGCAGUCUCAGACUCCAGACAACACUCCUAAACUGGACCUGGGUUUCAAAGAAGGACAGACCAUCACUCUCAAUAUCGGGCAAGGCAGAAAGAGAGACAAGUCCCGCCCCCAGAGCGCUGGUGGCUUUGGGCUCCUCCCUCCUCCCCCUGGCGGUGGAGGCACCAAGAUAGCCCCUCCCCCUAUGUCAAGCUCCUCCAAUGACAACGAAGGUUUAUUCUCAGGGGGAGACUUAUUCUCUGCGGGAAGUGACUCGUUUUCAGAGGGAAGUGACACAUUUUCAGGAGGAAACAACACAUUCUCAGCAGGAAGUGACAUGUUCUCAGGGGGAAGUAACACAGGCUGUUUGUUAGACCUGGACAGCAGUAACUCCAACUCUGUGGUGCAGCCGAACCCCAACCCUACAAGUGGCUCGGACAUGUGGGGAGACUUCUCUGCCCCAGAAAAGUCAAUGUCUCCUCUCGCCAACGAUGAUGGUUCCACCAACUGGCAGCAGUUCUGAGGUCGUCGCACAAUCUCUUUCACUUGACCUUCACCUGACCUUUAACCCCUGACCAGGGGAGGACUCCAGCAGAACACUGUAUAUUAUCACCUCAACCUCAGUGUACUCUUUCUCUCUCUCUCCCCCCUCUCUUUAUUUCUCUCUCUCCUCACCCCUCUCCUGGCUUCCUCUCCUUACCAUCCUCUCCUUCUACAUCUUUCCCUCUCAGCCCCAAAGUUACACUCUCUUCCCCCGUCCCCCUCUCCUUGCCCUUCUCUCCCUCUGUCUCUCUAUCUAUUGCAACAGAGUAUGUAUUUAUUACGGAGGGAAAAGACUGAGGGUAAAUCUCUCUAAAUGAAAGAUGUUACAGAAAGGAAUGAUGGGGGCUCACACUACUAUAGUCUUGAUAAAUAAAUACAUUCAUUAAGUUAUGUACAUAAUAUAUUAUUGUAAAUGUAUAUAGUGUCAGUAGUUUGUAAUUCCCAUUGUUGUUGUGGUAGUGUUGUAGCUAAUUUUCCUUUAGAAUCUCCAGUACAACUGGAAUUAUCGCCUGAAAUAACUGAUUUACAGGCUUGCCUGGAUGCAUUAGUAUAUGACCAAGUUAUCUUAUAUCUGAUCUAAGGUCAGUUUUGCAUUUUCCUCUUAAUUGCUAAGGUUAGGCCACGGUGAGUCUGGAGCUGUGCUUUGGAGCAGCUUCUGCUUUGAGUGGACACUGAUCUACUGUAAGUUUACAACAGCAGUCAUGCUGUUUGGCGCCCUUUAGUGGGCUAUUGCGGUCCUACAACCACAGUCUGACAGUGGUGAGAUGCACAGCAGCAGCUGCUGUGGACAUUAUCACUGCUGGGGAUGAGCACAUGUCUGGGUCACUAGCUGCAUUGUUUUUAA